AUGGUGCUAAAUAGCACUGAACAAAUAAUACACUCUAACCGGGCGGACGAAAUUUACGCUGCUGUGAUCUGCUUUACGUUAUCAGUGUUCGGUAUCAUAACAAACGGUGCUGCAAUUGUGGUCAUCAUAGCUGCGAAGAAUUUGCAAAAUGCUUUCGGCUAUUCCUGCAUGUCUCAUGCUGUUGGUGACCUUGGUGUACUGAUCAUCUUUGCCAUAUGGAUACCACUUCAGCUUAUUUUAACUCCUGAAACUAUCCCCCAGUUUCUUCAAAACAAACGAUUAGCAUAUACGAUUGGCCAAGCAACGAUUAUAUUUUAUUAUGGUGCAAUUUAUACACAUGUAUUGAUUGGCCUAAAUCGUUAUGUGGCCAUUGCAAAGCCAUUCUCGUACGCAAUUUACUUUAAUGAGCGUAAAACAAUGAAGUGGAUUACACUAAUAUGGAUUAUUUCCUUUAUACAAAGUUGUAUUUAUCAAUUUGACGGCUGUCAUUAUUAUUUUGAUCGUAGUGCGAUGUUAUUUCUUUAUUCCGAUGCUCCGUGCGCUCAAAUCAUUUCUCUUUACUAUGAAUUUUACUUCAAUUUGGCAUUUGUGAUAUUUGUCGUAUUACUCGACAUAAUUACAUUCUUCAAGCUGAAAAAAAUGGCUAAGCCAAUACACGGCUUUCAGCAAGUAAUUCGCAGACGGAGAGCGCAAGAGAUUCGAUACUUCAUUCAGUCUGUUUGCUCGGAAACAGCGCUCAUACUGACAUUCCUAUGCUUUUGGAGCGUUGCUAUCCAUGCCACAACGCCAUUUUCCAUGUUUCUACUAAAUAUUGGUGCUUGGUUAACUAUGCACGCCGCUGAUGGAUUUAUUAUGACCGCAUUCAACCAUCACAUCUUUACUCACAUAAAAAAGUCUGCAAAAAGAGCCUCUCUGCCAAUGGUGACAAUUGCCUUAUCAGCAACAAACAAAAGGACCCACAAUCAAGCCUUGAGCGCUCAAAAACGAUGGUUGCAUAUGUAUCACGAAAGUAAACUUAAACCGAACAAAAUUGAACCAUCAAGGAUAAAUGCAUAG